AUGUUUACAACAAGAUUUGUGUAUAGAUUUGCUAAAUCUGUACCCGUGGUCGAUGUUACGGCCUUCCUCGCCAAAAAGGGGGACACCUCCGCACAAUGUGCCCAAGUAGCAGAGGCUCUCCACAACUACGGUGCCAUUUGCAUCAAGGACCCUCGAGUUAAUGACCGUCAUAAUGUCGACUUUUUGGAUAUGAUGGAAAAGUAUUUUGAGUCCAGAGCAGCCAAAUUCUAUAACGAUGAAAAGGUUGAAGAUAUCUUCCCGAAUUAUGCUUAUCAGGUUGGAGCGACACCAGAGUUCGUUGAAAAGGCCAGAACUCACAAUAAUAUUGUCAAAUAAUAUACCAAGGAAAAUGAAGCCUUGACUCCAUAACCUGCUCCAUAUGAUGCCAAGUGGAGAUUCUUUUGGCCCAUCGAUGACUCAGGCAAACGAACCAAAGAUGAAGAUUUCAAUCCUCCAAGAUUCAGACCCAAGGAUGUUCCUUAGUUUGGAGAACGAAUGGAAUAGUGGGGCAAGAUGAUGAUCAAUGGGUGCUUGACUGUGGCUGAGAUGGCUGCCGUCGGUAUGAGCAUUCCAGCUGACUCUUUUACCAGCAGAAUGUAAAAUGGACCUCAUUUGCUUGCUCCAACUGGUUCUGAUCUGGAUAGACACAAACCAGGAACCAUUUUCGCAGGAUUCCAUUAUGAUUUGAAUUUCCUCACCAUUCACGGCAAGAGUCGUUACCCUGGUUUGUAUGUGUGGUUGAGAAAUGGAGAGAGAAUCUCAGUUGCUGUCCCAGAAGGUCACUUGCUCCUUUAAGCUGGUGCCCAAUUCGAUUUGCUCACUGGCGGAUAUGUGACUUGUGGAUAUCAUGAAGUCAUCUAUACUGAAGAGGCCAAGAAAAAAUACGAAGAAAACAAGAAAGUCGGUAAGAGCACUUGGAGAGUCUCAUCAACCCUAUUUUCGCAUAUUAAUUCCGAUGUCACUCUUUAACCAUUAGAUAAAUUCGCUAAGCAAGGAUUGCCACCAAAAUACAAGCCCAUCAAGGCAUUUGAUCAGGUCUAAUAGGAAUUGGAAGCCAUCAAAUUAAAGUUAUGAUGCAUAUAAACUGAUUUGUAUAUGGCAAUCAAUAUUAAUAUCAAUAUUAAAAUUGACUUCUAUAA